AUGGCAAAGCUUAUUCUCCUCACAGGUCUGGCCUUUCUGCUGAAUGCUCAGCUAGGUAAUUCUGCUUACCAGCUGACAUGCUACUUCACUAACUGGGCCCAGUACCAGCCAGGCCUGGGCUUCAAGCCUGAUGACAUUGACCCCUGCCUCUGUACUCACCUGAUCUAUGCCUUUGCUGGGAUGCGGAACAACGAGAUCACCACCAUUGAAUGGGAUGAUGUGACUUUCUAUCAAGCUUUAACGGCCUGAAAAAAUAGGAACAGCCAGCUGAAAACUCUCCUGGCCAUCGGAGGCUGGAACUUUGGAACUGCCCCAUAAGUCCUCUGUGGGAGAGCCUACUUCACUGCCAUGGUUUCCACUCCUGAGAACCGCCAGAACUUCAUUGCCUCAGUCAUCAAAUUCCUGCGCCAGUAUGAGUUUGAUGGGCUGGACUUUGAUUGGGAGUACCCUGGCUCUUGUGGGAGCCCCCCUCAAGACAAGCAUCUCUUCACCGUCCCGGUGCAGGAAAUGUGUGAUGCUUUUGAGCAGGAGGCCAAGCAGAUCAACAGGCCCAGGCUGAUGGUCACUGCUGCAGUAGCUGCUGGCAUCUCCAACAUCCAGUCUGGCUAUGAGACCCCCCAGCUGUCCCAGUACCUAGGCUACAUCCAUGUCAUGACCUAUGACCUCCAUGGCUCCUGGGAGGGCUACACAGCAGAGAACAGCCCCCUGUACAAAUACCCUACUGACAAGGGCAGCAACGCCUACCUCAAUGUGGAUUACGUCAUGAACUACUGGAAGGAAAAUGGGGCCCCAGCUGAGAAGCUUAUCGUUGGAUUCCCUACCUACGGCCACACCUUCAUCCUGAGUGACCCCUCCAACACUGGCAUUGGUGCCCCCACCUCUGGUGCUGGUCCUCCUGGGCCCUCUACCAGGCAGUCUGGGUUCUGGGCCUACUAUGAGAUCUGUACCUUCCUGAAAAAUGGAGCCACUCAGGCAUGGGACACCCCUCAGGAUGUUCCUUAUGCCUAUCAGGGCAACCAGUGGGUUGGCUAUGAUAAUGUCAAGAGCUUCGAUAUCAAGGCUCAGUGGCUUAAGGAGAACAAUUUUGGAGGUGCCAUGGUCUGGGCCAUAGACCUUGAUGACUUCACAGGCACUUUCUGCAACCAGGGCAAGUUCCCCCUGAUCAAUACCCUGAAGAAAGCCCUUGGACUGCAGAGUGCAAGUUGCACCCGCCCUGCUAAGCCAGUUGAGCCCAUAACCUCUCCUCCCAGCGGCGGAAGUGGGACCGGAAGUGGAAGUGGGAGCAGCUCCUCCGGAAGCAGCUCUGGAGGCAGUUCUGUGGGUAGUGGGUUCUGUGCCGGCAAAGCCAACGGCCUCUACCCCGUGGUGAAUAACAGAAAUGCCUUCUGGCACAGAAGGUACGUGAAUGGAGUCACAUACCAGCAGAAUUGCCAGGUGGGGCUUGUCUUUGACCCCAGCUGUGAGUGCUGCAACUGGGCAUAA